AUGCAGCUAAAUAUUCGCUGUUGGGAGGUAGACUGUAUUUACUACACCAUCGUUGAUUCCAAGGAAAUAUUUAUCAUUCGAAGCGUUGUCUUGUUGAUUCUUCAUGCCAAAUGUACAGCUGUUUUUUCAAGAAAGUUUGGUAAAGAUCGUUUGUUGAGAUGGAAGAUUCCUGUCUCCUAUUCCUGCUCGUUAUUACAUCCUUGAUGUGUGUGAACCAAGGUUCUUGUGAGGGUGGAAAAGGUGUAACAUGUGAAUCAUACCACCCAGAAAAGGGCAUUUUGAAUGGAAAUGAAACCUGUGAUACUGCAGAGUAUUCCUGCUUCGUUCUGUGGAAAGACAAUGUCAAUGAAAGAAAUGAAACAUUUUACAUAGUUUUGAAGAAAGGGUGUUUUCAAGUGUCUGUUAAUGAGGCUUUUAGAGACUGUAAAGAUGAUUGUAUUCAAAAUCCAAAUUAUGAUGCCUUCAGAAGUCAUAAUGUCUCUGGGUUUUGUUGCUGCAACAUCCACAUGUGUAACAGGAAUUUCACUCCUGUUUAUUAUACCGAGUCAACAACAACGACGGCAACAACAGACAUGUCAACAGCUUCUGCUGGGGAUAGAUCAGACAGGGUUGCCAUUGUGGUGGCAUGUGUUAUGUUUGUUGUUCUGGCUGUAUGCAUGACAGUGGGUGUUAUCUACGCAUACAAGUCUAAAUGCUUUAAAAGUAAAUAUGAUCCAGCUGACCCCGAAGAGAAGGAACCUCCUGGACCUGAACUUGACAUCAGUGGUUUGCACUUUGAACAAAUGGUUGGACAAGGGCGCUAUGGGUCGGUGUGGAGAUGUUACCUUAAAGGGGAAGUAGUGGCUGUCAAAGUAUUUCCGCCAGGGCACAGGGGCACGUGGGAGUCUGAACGGGAGGUGUAUGAAGGACAGUUAUCACAUCCAAGUAUCUUAAGGUUCUAUUUUGCAACUCAAAGGCAGCAAAGUUAUGGACCAGAAUAUUUGCUUGUGACUGAAUACCACAGUAAAGGUUCCCUGUUGCAGUAUCUAAAGUGUAACACUGUGACCUGGCAAGAAAUGUGCAGUCUUGGCCAUUCACUGUCAUCUGGGCUGGCUUACUUACACAAUGAUGAUAACAAUGAAGGUAAACCAUGUUUUGUUCACCGUGAUAUAAGCAGUAAGAACAUACUGGUCAGUCCAAACAUCACUUGUGUACUGUCGGACUUUGGUUUUGCCAUGAAAAUGCCAGAAAUUGGAGCUACUAAAGGAAGUGAUGACAUAAUCACAGAGGUUGGAACACUUCGUUAUAUGGCUCCUGAAGUUUUAGAUGGAGCUGUCAACUUAAGGGAGUGUGAGGCAUCAUUGAAAGAAAUCGAUGUUUAUGCCAUGUCAAUUGUGCUCUGGGAAGUAGGAAUGAGAUGGUCUGACAUUUAUGGAAAUGAGCCUGUGCCAGACUUCAGGCCACCAUUUGAAGCUGAGCUGGGCUCAUCCAUCACAAGUGAAGACAUCCAGGAUUAUGUUGCCAGGCAGAAGAAGAGGCCAGGGUUUCCAGAUGUGUGGAAACAUAAUCAUCCAGGUCUAAGAACAUUGAAGGAAACUAUAGAAGAUUGUUGGGAUCAAGAUGGAGAUGCCAGACUCUCUGCACUGUGUGUGAAGGAACGUUUCUCAGAACUGUUAAAGGACUACCCAGACGGUCUUGUCGUCUCAUCAAGUGGUAACCCUGUGCAGAAGAUUCUCCAAAACUACCCCACAUCACACUCACAGAGCUUGUCAAGUGUCAAUGGUCCUGUGUCUAAUGCCCCACCUAUUAUAGCCACUUAUCCAUGGGUGGAUAAAUCCUCAAGCAACAGUAUGACCAUGACUACUGUAUGAAUGUCAACUUUAAAUACUUUGGCAAAACACACUCUCUGUUUAUCAGUGAGAAUGUGUACUGGAAUUGGACUUCUCUAGAAAAGUUAGACCUAUCAUGCAAUUGCUAUCAGUUCAUGGUUACAUUGGGAGCCUGGAUUUUGUUUAGGAAAGAAAAUCAACUCUAAUGGCUGCCAACAUUUAGUCUUUGUACCUGGGUAACCAUGAAUACAGAGUGACCAUAACGACAAAGAGUUUUCAGCCUAAACUUUACAACUAUAGUAUGCCAAUGGAAACCCUGGAUUAAGCAGGUGUUUAAAUAAGUUGGUCACUGGCAGUCCAUUGCCGUCUUCAAGACAGCUGUCUGUCUAUGCUUCAAGCAGGUUCUCAUGUUUGGAUUUUGUCUUAUGGCAUACCCACCUAUUACACAACUGCCAGCUACUUAUGGAAAAAGUUAUUGAAACCACUGGAAAAAAGAUUGAUUUGAAUUGGCUUGCUUUAUAUGUCUUUCCUGUUUUUCUUCAGUAGACAAUGCUGUCCUGAUUUGGGCUAGCCUAUUUGUUCAUAGAAGGUAUUAUCUGGAAGGUUUUGUCCUUGAUAGUGGUGACCAGAAGUGCCACAAAAUUUAGACAAUGCUACAUUAUUAUAACUGUAGUUAAAAAAAUGUUUCUUUGAAUUUUGUAUGUGUCACAUGGUCAGUGUACUGAAGCCAUAAUAACAGUGUACAGCAAGGGGCAGCUGAAAGUUAACAUUAGAUAAUAAAUCUUUGGGAAGAGACAAGUACAUGUUUGUUUAAAUAAAAUAUUAAAGAUGAUGAUUUUGAGCUAAUUUGAAGAUAAGAGAAAGAUAUUCUUCACUUUUCUCAAAUGAGGGAGAACUUAAUACAUAACAUAACAAUUUUACUUGAAUACAGUAAGCUUAUUCAGGGAAUAAAACUUUUAUAUACAAAUGA